CUCCUCUGUCCCGUGUGUUGCUGGCUUCCGUCAACAACUUUUUGCCGGAGCAUGUGAGCUGCACAAAGUGUCGCUUGUGGGAUUCAGAUUGUUUGGAGACCCCAUCCCAGGACUAGUGGGGUUCGCAGGUGGAAAUAAUGCUCGGCACCACCGAUCCUUGGCUUCCAAGUUUCCUUGUGGCUCUUUCUUUCCAAAAUAUGACCUUCUAGGGCCAAAAGCGGUGCAGGAACUUUAUUUUGGGAUAUGAGCAUCACAGACGUGGCUUCCUCGCUGCUACGGUGUGAAGAGACCUUCUCCGCCUGCCUUGCCCGCAUCAACAGCGUCGUCCUCCAGCCCCUGUUGCAAUCAGGUUCCUUUGAGCAGGCCAAGUUCUUCUUGCUUCUAAAUGACCACUUCCAAGUGAUUUGGGACUUGACGGAGGAGAACUACAGAGCCCUGAAGCAAACGGUAACAGAGACGGAGACGGCCAGUGUCCACAACCUCUACUUAGCCUGGAAAGCAGACCUAUUCCUUGACGCUUACAUCCAGUAUUUCUCCACAUUUGCCAGUUGUGUUGUGGUUCAAGGGUUUGAACAUGCGGCAAGAAAUAAAAGUGAGGUCUGGAAAUCUCACAAGCCAUCUCUACAACAGCUCCUCGAAGACUUCUCCCCGGACACCUCCAACGCGGUGGCUCUGCAUACGGUGCUCCAUAAACCCUUCCAGGACCACCUCCAGCAAUACAGCGCUCUCUUCUCCAAGCUCGAGGAGAUAAAGACCUUGGGUCCGGACAAAGAAGCCAUCGUGAAUGCUUCCAGACAGUUUGCAAAGCUGCGUUCCUUCAUUAGCCAAGCCUUGGAUGAAGCUGGCCUCACCAGAAACCUGUGGAAGUCUCUGAGUCACAAAUUCACGGAUGUCCUUUGCACCCCGGAGAGGCGUCUCCUGGAAGACAGCCGAAACCUGUCCAUCUUUUCCAGCACCGGGAGGUCAGACCGCGUCCUGCUCUUCCACGACAUCCUUGUGCUCAUCCAGGGAAGCAGCCUCCAGAGUUUUGACCUGAAGCUUGUGUGGGUGGAUGAGACCUCCAAGGAAACGGGAAAGCAUACGCUCCGUGUUAGGACACCAGAAGAAGAGUUCUUCCUCUUGGCUAAAGAGCCAGAGUCACGGGCCGUGUGGAAAUGGAAACUGAGUCAAGCGGUGCGCCAAGCCUUGAAUGGGAAGAGAGACUUCCCCUUGUGGAGCCACACAGGGGAAGGGAGGGCCCCACCUCGGUGUCGCUUUUCCACCUUCACGUUCCGGGCCGACGGGAGGCUCAAGGGGGCCGCCUACGAUGGGGAGUGGCGCUUGGGGAAGCCCCACGGCAAGGGGCAGCUGACGUGGCCCGAUGGCCGGAACUACGUGGGAGACUUCAAAGAUGGCUUGGAACAUGGGUUCGGGAUCUGCCUUGUCCCCCAUGCGUCCAAGGACCGCUACGACUGUUACAAGUGCCACUGGCGGGAAGGAAAGAUGAACGGCUACGGGAUCUGCGAGUAUGGCAAUGAGAUGGUCUACAAAGGCUACUUCAGGGAUAACCUUCGCCAGGGUUUUGGCAUCUUGGACAACACUUCCUCUGCCAAAACUCCCUUUAAAUACACCGGACACUGGGAAAACGACAAGAAGAGCGGAUACGGGGUGUGGGAUGACAAGGAGAGAGAGGAGCGGUAUAUCGGGAUGUGGCAUGAAGACCAGAGACAUGGCACGGGGAUUGUGGUCAUGCAGUCCGGAGUGUGCUAUCGAAGAGCGUUCCACCUGGAUAAAAUGGUGGGAUCUGGUAUUCUUCUCCUUGAAGAUGAUUCCAUCUAUGAAGGAAACUUCACCAGAGACCUGAUGUUUGUCGGAAAGGGCAAACUGACUUUCCCGAAUGGCUUCACCCUGGAAGGGACCUUUACCAACAAAUCCAGCCAAGGACUCCACACUGAAGGAAUCCUCAACACCUCUGGAGGAGAGCCAGAUGAUACAAUAACCAAAUUACAGCUUGGUCAGCGAGAAUUCCCAGUGGAGCAAAGGUGGGAAGGUCUCUUCAGCCAAUUCCUGGAGUUCGUCUCUUCUGGUGGUCAAGGAGAAACGGAGGAGUCCUUCAUGGGCUUCCAUGUCCAGACCAGCAAGGAGCUGCGCAAGUCCCAAGAGUACCUCUACUGCGACAGGGAAACUGAAGAGGCUCCUAAGAACCUCCUUGAUGAACUACUUGAACACCAGGAGACGGAAGCCCUGCAAAGUUAUUUGGAAGAGGCUCUGAAGUCUUCUUUGCAUCCUUUAGGGAAACUCCUGAAGGCUUUGGCCUCGGCAUUCCAGGCGACCUAUGGCGGCAUCGGAGCAAACAAGCACCUCCUGGCGAUGGCGCAAGAGGAAGUCAAGCAUUACGCAAAGGAAGUGUGGGAAUUCUACCAGGGCUUGAGGGAUCUGGCUUUGAAGGUCAAUGGUCAACCGUUACUUGAAGACACAAACCAGAGUGACCUCAAUGGACCGGCCCUGAUCCUGCCACUCAUCCUGCCAAGUUUCUACCCAGAACUCCUGAUGUUGUACAUGCUUUACCACGAAAAGGAGGAUGACCUUUACUGCCAGGGGAUUGUCGACCUGAGUCUCUUUCCGGAUUUGAAGCUGCUGGAGUUCCUGGAUGUGCAAAAACACUUCUGGCCCCUGAAAGAUCUCACGCUGACAACUAACCAGAGACGCUCCCUUAUCAAAGACCGCUGCUUCCUUUCUGCAACUGAAUGUCUACAGAAAAUGAUCACUACUGUUGACCCACGGGAGAAGCUGGACAUUCUCCAAAAGACGUACGAGGAGAUUGAAAAGACCACCAACCGAGUUCUGGAGAAGGAAUAUAGCCUCACAAUGGACGACCUCUUGCCGAUGCUGAUGUACGUCGUGACGCGGGCAAGCAUACAGCAUUUAGGAGCAGAGAUCCACUUGAUCAGAGAUCUGAUGGACCCAGCCAACGAAGGGGGCAAGCACGAUUUCCUGCUUACCGCACUGGAGUCCUGCUACGAACUGAUCCAGAAGGAAUUCAGACUCCACCAGAACUGGGAGGUCUUGCAAUCUUCCUGAAAACGGCACACUGAAACUGCCCCUUCCUGGCUCAAUCCCGCCAGCCCCGGAGCUGGAGGUUUCCGUUAACGGGAAGGACCUUGCCUUGUUGCUGCUGCUUGUAUUGGUCUUUCCUAUGGGAAGUUCGCUUGGGUUUUUAUUCCACGAUUUCUUUGAAAUUGACGUGAUGGGAUGGACGCGCAAAGGGACUCGGUUGUGUGCAGUAGUCCAUUUUUGUUAUCUCACUGAUGUGCCAAAGCAUAUUUUUUUUCCUUCCUGAAAAGAGAACAUAACCAUUUUUUAAAAAAAUAAUAAUUGGGAGAGGAGUAACUUGAACUCGGCAGUAGUUUCCUGCAACUGCCAUCAGAAAGUCACUCCAAUUUUUAAUCCAUUGCAUUUAACCUUUUUAUUUCCAAUUCUGCUCUACUCGGUUUGCCAUUAGCUUCCCCCAUUGUUUUGAUUUCCUUAGAUUAUAAUUGCAGCAUGGCUUGAAGAUAAGUUGAUGUGAUUACAUUUAUGUCAUGGUUGGUGUUAUUGGCAAAGAUUAUUCUCCUGAUGUUACCUAAGUGGUCAUCUCAGGCCUAAACCCUAUUAGUCCAAACUUGUGAAGACUUACUGAAUCAAUGGCAACACAACCCAAUGAAAGUAUUUUUUUACCUAACCAUUGCAUUCAAGCCUGAGUGCUGCUGACAAACUUACUUUGCCUAGAUUGAAAUCCACUUGUUUCAGAAUAUCUGCUCCUUGAUUGACAUGAAUACAAUGCCACAUUUGCAAUGCAGGCUCACCUUUGACAAACACAUGCUCUUCUCUCCGCCUUUGCCAAGCAAGAAACACGUUCAGUAGCAAAACAGAUCCAAGUAUGACUUUUAACCUUCUCUUGUUUUAUGGAUUCCAUUUUUAAAAUAGCUGCUACUUUCCUGUUUUUACACCCUCACCUAAAGAAUCAUCUCUGUGGUGAGAUUUACAUACAAUCCUUUCCCAAAAAUGCAACUCAGUGCUUGACUUUUGGGUACUUCCUCUUUUUGUUGGCUGCAUUGCACAAAAUAGACACUUUUUUGACCCUCUCCCCUAUAAGCCAUUUCUGGUCACCUUUGCAGGAUGAAGAGGCUCAAAAAACCUGCAUUUAAGUGUUGAAAUUUAAGGUCAUCUUUGGAUGAGACUGUAAACACAAUAAACACAAUUCAACUAUUGCAAGAGAAUUUUUCAGGAUUCUCGCUGCAUCUAGUUUUUUGUAAUCACCUCCAUCACCCCUGAAGAGGCAAACUCUUUAUUAAAUCCCACAUUCUGCACCCAAAUUUUCUCCAAGAAACCUGUUUUCUGUAAAAAAAAAAACAUGAUAAGGGAACUGACAAAUUUAAUAUAAAUGCAAAUCCACGUUUGAUCGGAUCAGGACUGGGCUGUAUUUUUGACUCAGCUGGGGAAUUCAGUCAGCACUGGCUCCUUUGGAGUCCUUCCUGACAACAGAAAACAAUUGUUUCUUUGAAAGCGACUGGAAGAGAAAACACUAAUUUUAUUUCAAAUGGCCUAAGAGUGAAAGCUUUAUGAACCCUUUUAGACUUAAUGAAACAAUGCCCUUUUUAUAUUAAAAAAAAAAAGCACAGGCUGCUGAAACGUCUUCGAUAUUGCCUCUUUUAUGGUAUGAAUACACUGGGUAAACUGUUUAAUAUGCUAAUUUGAGAUGGUUGUAAAUGACUUUGUACUAAAUAAAUCCUCGCUGCCAUGUCCUGGAGAUAAA